CAUAAAAAGUUCAAUCCUUGUUGCCUAGAGAAACAGCUGUGGAUCUGGGUGGGAGGCAAACUGUGUUGGAUAAUCCAGAAUGUUGGAUAAGCGAAUGUUGGAUAAGUGAGACUCUACUGUAUUAUUAUUAUUAUCAAAGAUAUUGAACAGAACCGGGCCCAGGACGGAACCCUGUGGCACUCCACUCUGAAGGCAUUUAAAAUUUCCCAACUGUCAUCCAACGGAAUCCAAAUCAAAAAGAAAUCGGUUAGCCGUCUCUUUUGGAAGAGAACAAGAUGCCUCAGCAAGACUUACGCUGAAGCUGGGCAAAAAGAAGCCCUGAAAGGGAUGGAGUUGUUGCAGAUUUGUCUUGUACUUGCAGCCACUUUCAAACUUUCAUCAGGAGUUGCCUACAAUAUAAAAGUGGAGGCCAAUUCAAGUUUCUCCUGCUACACAGAGGUCUUCAGGAAUGAUACUAAAGCAAUUAAAUUGUUUCUUCCAAAGUAUAAACUGGAAGUCAUUUGUCAUUUGUAUGACUACAACAAGCCUGACACCAAGGAGAAUAGAAGGAAGAAUCUACUGCUUUAUACUUCAGCAGGUCUUGCUCCAAGCAUACAAAUCUUCAACAGUACCUACUCAAAAGUCUUCUACUUCAAAAUGUCUAUGGGAGAAGAUGUGGAUUCAUGGUCAAUUUCUAUUGCCCGAGAAGAGAUUACAUAUAAUACAGAUAUCGCUCCAAUAGAAGAGUGGUUUGUAAAAUUCAAUAUGCAUCAUGGAUUAAAUAUGUUCACUACUGAAGGAACUUUGCUUGAUAUUAUGAGAGAGCCUAUUCUUCAAUGGAUUGGUAAACUUGGUACUCCAGUAGAUAUUACUUCAAAAUUGCAUCGAAUGAUAAAUACCACAUUGACAAAGAGUCCAUGUGCCAGUGAUGCAGCAAUACUUAGUUUAAUUUAUGAUGCUGCAGUACCAGGAGUAGUUUUAGGAAUCACUGACACUGGAUUUAUGAGUCGAGAUACGAAGUGGUAUAACUUGUCAGACAACAUUUGUUCUGUCCUAGAAGAUGACUGCGCUGGUCUUGCACUUGUGGAUGUAAUUUUAAUAAAUACUCGUCUAAUAAUACUUACUACACUGGGACUAUUUAUCAGUGAGGAUUUGCGUUAUCCAUCAGAAUCUGUAAAGAUGCUGAGAUUCAAGAAACCAACCUUGUGUGGCUUUGAAAUGGAUGAUUAUUUAAGAGCAAGAAUAUGGUAUAGUCGCCAAUGUCUAGCUAACAGAGAAAAGGAGGAAGUGGACUAUGUUGGUCUGUCAUUUAAUAAAGAGAAGACAUUAAGUCAGGAAUCCACCUGCUUCUAUAGUAAUGAUUCAUUUACCAAAUGGCACAAUUGCCUGCCUCACAGAACACCAGCUGAAAGAGCAAUUUCUAGACGGGUAGUUUCAUUCAUAGUUGAUUAUGAACAGAACACAGGCAUAGCAAUUUUAUAUCAACAGAGUAGGGCAUUGGUGUCAGUGCAUAAGUUAGAAGGCAAUGAACUGAAGAAACAGAGAAAAUUUCCAGCUUUUUGGUUCCCAGAUCCAGACUUUAUCCCAUUUGGAAUGUUUUUCCAUCCAGGCAGUCAUUUCUUAUAUGCCUACGGAAAUCAGGUAUGGAUUUCUUUUGAUGGAGGCAAUGUUUUUAUACCAAUAAUGAAACUGGAGAAUGAGACUAUUGUAGAAACAGACACAUGUGUUUACACCCAAGCUAUUGUAUUUGUGUCAGACAAAGGCACAAUAUUCUACACCAAGGCAGGCAUGCAAAAAUAUGCCAGGCUUAGAGUUACACCAGGAGUUAUAUUUAGCAUGUACUUUGACCACCUGGGAAGUUUAAAUUAUAUUAGUUUGAACAGUACAUCUGCUGAUGACAUAUCAGUAUCUGAGAUGGAUGUGCAAACCUUAUUGAAGGGGGAUGAUUUAGGUUUUAAUGCCGCUUUGUCAGCACAGUAUGUCACUGAAGAACAGAUGAUCUUUUGUAACCACAGGUCAUUGAAUCCAGCAGUACCUGAUGGAAUGUUCAAUCGUUUGCAUAUAGGCAAAGCAUUUGAAUAUGGGCCAGGAGGAUCAGGUGUAAUCAGUAAGGUAUUCAGGAAGACAAUUACUGGAUACUUUUUAUCAUGUGUACUUGUAGAUGUACUGGAUCGCUUCCCUGUUGAAUUGAAAGCUGCUAGUCCUGCUACAUCAAAUACUAUAACUAUUAUGGACCCUACCCCAGGCAGUGAUGCAUAUCUCUUUCAGCUUGACCCCUCAGCUGUUCACAUAUUUAAAGCAACGGAUGUAGAGAAAACAGUGGUGAUUCCAGGAAUGAGCAGUUUCUUAAUUACUCAAGUUUUGAGUCAAACUCAAGCUUUAGGAAAUGCAGUUAUGCCUAAUCAAGUGAUUGUAAACCGUGGUAUUCCACCCGAGCAAUGGUUUUUGUAUGAUUUUGGCACUACGAAUGGAAGAAAAUGGAGAAUUAUUGUUGACAUAUGUAGAUAUACAAUUCAACAGUUUGAUGAUUUACCUCUCCAUGCAAUUGAAUACUUGGAUAUUGGAUCACAACUACAGUUUUCAUUCCGAGUAACCCCAGUUAAUGUAGCCUAUCAGGUAUUCCAUAGACAACUAAUGAGAGUAGUAGUUGGAAGGCCAACUCUUCUGGAUGUGGAUACAACAGAUUACUGGGACGACAGUGAUAGUUAUGUAAUUCAUAUCACUGUUCAGAGUAGAUUUUUCGAACAGGGUAAAACCUCAAUCGCUGUGAUAAUUAGGUAUGCAUCCCUUAUUUGUGAUGUCACAACUAUAGUCUUAACCAUGAAGAAUUCCUGCUCCUAUCUUAAAACAAUGCAUUACAUUCUCCCUGUUGAAAUCUCUGAAGAGGAUUGGCUGUCUAAUGGAUCUGUUUAUAAGCACAAUACCACAGAAGGGUCUAAAUUUUUAAAGAGCUUGCCGGUGAACUACAGACCACCUUCUGUCCUGGGAAUAGCUGUUCCACUCACAGAAAAUUUUUAUAAUGUUGACCCCAGCAAGCCCAGAAUGAGAGACUAUUUUUCAGGAUCAAAAGCUACUGGAAAGUACAAGCAAUGUGCUAACAAGACAAAUCGAGCAGGUUGUAAAUGUACUUCAAAUAUGAAGGUGUCAUUUUCUGUAGCCUUUUCAGAUUGUAAAGAGAAGGCUUUGAGGAUGAAAUUUCCAGUAAUAAAACUUCCACUCUAUUUUACUGUUGAGGAAGAGGGUCGUUCUCAGAAUAUGACAUCUCCUUAUUUUAUCACAAUUGUAGAAGUCAACAAUAGAACAAAUUGGAGAGUUUCAGGUACAAAUUUAACAUCAAGUACAAUAAAAAUGAAAAAACUUUUGGAGCAUGUUCUCGGCACUGAGUUGUAUAAUCCAGAAGGCUUGAGUAUAAGCAUAAUGGGAUCUGAGCUUUUCCAUUUUAGAGUAUCCACCAUUCCUGGAGCCUCAUUUUGCAAUUUGUUUGAUGAAUUUCAGAUUUACGUCGAUGAUCCUCCAUUGGCUUUUCCAGGACAGUACCUUAUCAGUACAAUUACAGCUGUAGCAAUAGGAGGCAUUAUCUUUAUGGCUUUUAUUCUACAUGUAUAUGAAAUUCAGAUAGGAACUAUUUUGAAGAAACUAAAAAGAAACAAAGUGGCAUCAAAAGGCUCAUUCACCUCAGUUUCAGCAACAUCUACUGAAAUUAGUGACAAUUAAGUGGAAACAGUAAUAGCCAUGUUAACAUUCUAGCUAUCAGUAAUGUUACAUAUUAGUUAAAUGGGCAAUUCUUUUUUAGUUUCUCAAAUCUGGGAUUUAGUUUUAGAAAAGAUAAAGUGUUUUCUUUAUCUGUUUCUGUAGGGCAAAAUAUUUAAAGUCACUGUUGAUUUUGACUUUUUCUUGAAUUUUAUUGAGAAGGGCACAAUUUUACAUAAGUGACAUUAGAUACCUGAAAUUUAAAAUGCAUCUGAAAUUUAAUACUGCAUUUAACCAUUAUAAAUAUGCAUGUUGGUACCUUUCUAUCUUUUCUAUACUAGUUAUUUCAUGAUUAAAAGUUCUAUUGUAAAUGAAGCAAAAGAAUUACAGUAUUUUAUUAUUAAAAAGUACAUGUUAGAAAAGAAUUCUGGUGGACUAAUGGAAGAAGAAGUGAUGCUGUCAAGGUGAUGCAUGCCAUAUGCCAGCAAAUAUGGAAAACACAAGAUUGGCCAUCAGAUAGGAAAAAAUCAAUUUAUAUCCCCAUACCAAAAAAGGGAAACGUUAAAGAAUGCUCAAACUUCCGUACAGUGGCACUUAUUUCCCAUGCCAGUAAGGUAAUGCUCAAGAUCCUGCAAGGCAGACUCCAGCAAUACAUGGAGCGAGAGUUGCCAGAUGUCCAAGCUGGGUUCAGAAAAGGCAGAGGAACGAGAGACCAAAUUGCCAAUAUCUGCUGGAUAAUAGAGGAAGCCAGGGAGUUACAGAAAAACAUCUACUUCUGCUUUAUUUACUAUUCUAAAGCCUUCAACUGAGUGGAUCAUAAUAAACUGUGGCAUGUUCUUGGUGGUAUGGGGAUACCAAGUCACAUUGUCUGUCUCCUGAGAAAUCUGUAUAAAGACCAAGUAACCACAGUAAGAACAGAUCACGGAACAACAGACUGGUUCAAGAUUGGGAAAGGAGUGCGGCAGGGCUGCAUACUUUCACCCUCCCUAUUCAACUUGUACGCAGAACACAUCAUGUGACAUGCGGGGCUUGAGGAAUCCAAGGCUGUAGUUAAAAUUGCUGGAAGAAACAUUAACAACCUUAGGUAUGCAGAUGAUACCACUCUGAUGGCCGAAAGCGAGGAGGAGCUGAGAAGCCUUAUCACCAAGGUGAAAGAAGAAAGUGCAAAAGCUGGGUUGCAGUUAAACGUCAAGAAAACCAAGAUCAUGGCAACUACACCUAUUGAUAACUGGCAAAUAGAGGGAGAAAACGUGGAGGCAGUGACAGACUUUAUAUUUCUAGGUGCAAAGAUCACUGCAGAUGCAGACUGCAGCCAGGAAAUCAGAAGACAUUUACUUCUUGGAAGGAGAGCAAUGGCCAACCUUGACAAAAUAGUGGAGAGCAGAGACAUCACACUGGCAACGAAGGUCUGCAUAGUCAAAGCAAUGGUAUUCCCCAUAGCAGGGCCGUAGCCAGAAAAAUAUUUCGGGAGUGGUUUUGAAAAUUUCGGGAGGGAGUUGAACCCCUGACCCACCCACCCCCCGGGUUCAGACCUUUCAAUAUCUGCUUGAGAUAGUGCCUGGAGGGACUCGUAAUGUUUUACGUCUCAUAGACUUAGCAUGGGGAUUUGGUUAACCAGUUAAAAUUCAUGAGUAAACCAGGUUUUUUUUAACCUGAAAAAUUUGGGGGGGGGGGUUGAACCCCUAAACCCCCCCCCCUCGCUACAGGCCUGCCCCAUAGUAACCUAUGGAUGCGAGAGAUGGACCAUAAGGAAGGCUGAACGAAGGAAGAUAGACGCUUUUGAACUCUGGUGCUGGAGGAAAAUCCUGAGAGUGGCUUGGUCCGCAAGAAAAUCCAGCCAGUACAUCCUCCAGGAAAUAAUAUUAGAGGCAAAGCUGAAGUAUUUUGGCCACAUCAUGAGGAGACAGGAAAGCUUGGAAAAGAUCACGAUGAUGGGGAACAUGGAAGGAAAAAGGAAGAGAGGCCGACCAAGGGCGAGAUGGAUGGACGGUAUCCUUGAAGUGACUGGCUUGACCUUGAAGGAACUGGGGGUGGUGACGGCCGACAGGGAGCUCUGGCGUGGACUGGUCCACGAGGUCACAAAGAGUUGGAGAUGACUAAACGACUGAGCAGCAGCAAUGGAAGAAGCUGCAAACAUUGUGAACUUGAAGAUCUGUCCAGGAUUCUACAUUGAAGAAAUGCUGUGUAACUUAACAUUUACUGAAGCCCCAUCUACACUGCCAUAUAAUGCAGUUUCAAACUGCACACAUAUCCAUUACACAUUAUACAUUCAUGUGUAAUGUUCAUACAUAUCUGUGUGCACAUAUAUGUGGAAAUAUGUGAAAUAUACAACCAUGUAUGAUGGCAUCAGAUGUUCAACUCAACUUCUGUAAACUUGAACGUGUUGGUUCCACACUGGACAAAAAUAUCAGCCAUUUCUAUAGAGGAACUUAAAUAAGAUACUAAUAGGAUUCUGGACUACAUUUUGAAGCAUGUGGAGAAAAUCCUCAAUCUUAAAACAAGUGGUGUUCUGAAAUUUCUUUUUUUAGGACAAAGGAAAAUAUUGUUUUUUUGAAAAAGCAACAACAAUUCAAUUGAGUGAAUGCCAAAUAAAUAACUGUAUAGAAAAAAAUACUGCUGAGGUUAUAUAGGAUCCUUUUGUAGAUCAUUCACCUUCAUGGGAGAGUCAAAAAGUAAGCAGACUUUCAAAAUGGCCGUUUUACAACAGUUUUAGAUUUUCAUUUCCCCUCCCUGAAGCAUAUUUCCCCCUCUGACUUGGAAUGGAGAAAUAUUCUCCUGGCAUGGGAAGAUUUCCAUUGAGUUCCUGUUGAAAACAAAGCAGCGCCUCCCCUAUAGAAAAACAAGAGAAGGGAUAAACAAAAAUAAGAGCUUCUCCCUUUCAUGUGUCCCAGCAAGCAAUGAAUUCCUGCUUGAGUUUCAGAUUGGAACUGAGGUAUGGACACACACCGAGCAGCCACUACCAAUCCUGUCCAGAGCCUUUUGGGACACUUGGAGAUAUUCCACUACUCUCCCAUUCCAACAAGAAGGAAAGGAAAAGACAGCUGGGCUACACCCACACAUAUGCGUUCCUUCACAGUGAAAUGGCUUUCCCUACUUUAGGAGAGACAAAACAAAAACUGUAUAACCUCUGAAAGCCUCAAUGUCUCCAUCCUCAACAAGGCAUCAGUCUCAAUCAGAUGCAGGACUCACCCCCAUCCUAAGGAAGAAGAGAUGUUUCUUCAGCUGUCUCCAUAAUACAUCUUCUUGGCCUGUUGGCAAAGGGGUAGGAGUUGCUUGCAGACAAAAAAAACAUUCUCCCUGAGAAAUAAACAGCACACUAAGAUAUGAAAAGGUAGGCUGCAGUUUACAAAAGCUUAUGCCAAACAAAACAUUUCUGUCUUUGAUGUGGCACAACGCACCAUAGCUGUACAUGUAUGGGGGAUGUGGAGGAGAAUCCUACUGCCUUACAAGUGUCAUCACUUUUUUUGUGGGAAUGAUCCCUAUAGAAGUCAAUGGGCUUUUACCUUGGAGCAGUGGUUCCUAAUCUGGUGUCCGC